AUGGCCGCCGCAAAGGAAAAAGUCCAGAGGCUCAUUGACGACAACGCCGUCAUCGUCUUCUCCAAGUCCUACUGCCCCUACUGCGCCGCCACCAAAAAGACGCUCGAUGGCCUCAACGCGGCCUACACCGUGGUCGAGCUCGACAAAGAAUCCGAGGGUGGCGCCAUGCAGGACGAGCUCGAGAAAAUCACCAACCAGCGCACCGUCCCCAAUGUCAUCAUCAAGAAGAAGCCCAUCGGCGGCAACUCAGACGUCCAGGCAAAGCUCAAGUCGGGCGAGCUGGAAAAACUGCUCAAGGACGCCGGCUCGCUCAAGGCGUAA